CCGGAAGCACCACUUGUUUUUGACUCUACUCUGACAUUGACUGCGGAACCCAAACAAGACUUUCAGUCAUAUCACAGUCACUGGUGUUCACGUCUGUCAUUAUAAAAUCAAAACGCCUGGACUUGGCUGAUUCGAAAGCACAGCCAUGUGCAGCUGUGUGCGGAGCUCCAGGGCUCUGUCCCCUGUCCUGCUCCCCAGGCUGCUGCUUCCCCAGACGGGCUACAGGUUGGCUGUGAGGGGCCUCUGGACCUCCCCCCAGUGUUUGAAUGUCACUGGAGACUCCCAGCCGCUCCCACUGCCCAGCCAAGCCCGGGUUGUGAUCUGUGGAGGAGGUAUUGUGGGAACAUCGGUGGCCUACCACCUGGCCAAGCUGGGCUGGACUGAUAUUGUGCUCCUGGAGCAGGGCAGACUUGGUGCGGGAACAACCAGGCUGUGUGCUGGCAUUGUCAGUGUGGCCAAGCCUAUUUCCAUUGAAUGUCAAAUGGCCAACUAUUCCAGUAGUCUUUACCAGCAACUGGAAGAGGAGACGGGGGUUAAAACAGGUUAUGUGAAGACGGGGUCUCUGUGUUUGGCGCAGAAUCAGGAUCGCUUCAUCUCUCUAAAGCGUCUGGCAUCGAGACUCAGGAUUAUGGGAAUCACCUGUAACAUAAUUAAACCUAAAGAAGUGGCCAAACUCCACCCUCUGGUUAACAUUCAUGACCUGGUGGGGGCGCUUCACCUCCCUGCGGAUGCUGUGGUGUCUCCGCCUGACAUUAACCACGCCUUCGCUGUGGCUGCUGCUGGGCAAGGGGUUCAGAUCCUGGAGCGAACCAGUGUUCAGCAGGUUCUGGUGGAGAAGGGUCAGGUCGUGGCUGUGGAGACUGACCGCGGCUCCAUUGAGUGUGAAUAUUUUGUCAACUGUGCUGGACAGUGGGCUUAUGAGCUGGGCCAGGCCAGUGAGGUGAAGGUGUCGGUUCCCCUCCACGGCUGUGAACACUUCUACCUCCUCACCAAACCUCUACAGGAGCCACUUGCACCCAACACGCCAGUGGUGAUGGACAUGGACGGCAGGAUAUACGCACGGCCGUGGCAGGGAGGCCUGCUGUCGGGAGGGUUCGAGAAGAACCCCAAACCCAUCUUCACAGAGGGCCGCAACCAGCUGGAGAUUCAGAACAUGCAGGAGGACUGGGAUCACUUCGAGCCCAUCCUCAGUGCCCUGCUGAGGAGAAUGCCGAGUCUCGAGUCUGCUGAGAUCCAUCAGCUGGUCAACUGUCCCGAGUCCUUCACACCUGACAUGCGCUGUCUGAUGGGGGAAACUCCAGGCCUCUCCGGCUACUUUGUGCUGGCAGGCAUGAACUCCUCUGGUCUUGCCUUUGCUGGAGGGGCUGGCAAGUACUUGGCUGAGUGGAUGACCUAUGGCUACCCCACUGCCAACGUCUGGCCGCUGGACAUCAAACGCUUUGGCAACCUGCAGAGCAGCCGGACCUUCCUGCGACACAGAGUGAUGGAAGUCAUGCCCCUGCUCUAUGAACUGAAAGUUCCCCGGUGGGACUUUCAGACCGGACGACAGCUGAGGACCAGUCCUCUGUAUGACCGUCUGGACACCCAGGGGGCUCGCUGGAUGGAGAAACAUGGCUUCGAGAGGCCCAAAUACUUUGUGCCUCCAGGGAAAGAUCUGCUGUCUCUGGACCAGAGUAAGACCUUCUACAAGCCAGACUGGUUCGACAUAGUUGGAGCGGAGGUGAAAUGCUGCAAAGAGGCUGUUUGUGUUAUCGACAUGUCGUCCUUCACCAAGUUCGAACUGACUUCAACAGGGGACCAGGCUUUGGAGCUGCUGCAGCAUCUCUGUGCCAACGACCUGGACGUUCCAGUGGGACACAUCGUCCACACCGGCAUGCUGAAUGAAAGGGGAGGCUAUGAGAACGACUGCAGUGUCGUCCGCAUCAGCAAGAACAGCUUCUUCAUCGUCUCUCCAACGGACCAGCAGGUUCACUGUUGGUCCUGGAUAAAGAAACACAUGCCCAAUGACCCACACCUCCACCUAGAGGACGUCAGCUGGAAGUACACAGCUUUAAACCUAAUUGGACCUCGUGCUAUGGAUGUUCUGGCUGAGCUGUCGUAUGUUUCCAUGACGCCCGACCACUUCCCCUCCAUGUUCUGCAAGGAGAUGAGUGUGGGCUAUGCCAAUGGGAUCAGAGUAAUGAGUAUGACUCACACCGGAGAACCAGGUUUCAUGCUCUACAUCCCCAUAGAGUAUGCUCUGCACGUGUACAACGAGGUCAUGUCCGUGGGACAGAAGUACGGGGUUCGUAACGCAGGGUACUACGCACUCCGCAGCCUUCGCAUAGAGAAGUUCUUCGCCUUCUGGGGCCAGGACCUGGACGCCUUCACCACCCCGCUGGAGUGUGGACGAGAGUUCAGGGUCAAGUUCGACAAGGACACGGAUUUCCUGGGCCGCGAGGCGCUGCUGCAGCAGCGUCAGGACGGCGUGUUCCGCCGCUUCGUCAUGCUGGUCCUGGAGGACCACGACACAGAGCUGGACCUGUGGCCGUGGUGGGGCGAGCCCAUCUACUGCAACGAUCAGCUGGCCGGGACGACCACCAGCAGCGCCUUCAGCUACACGCUGGACCGCCACGUCUGCCUGGGCUACGUGUCCCCGCCGCCGGGCCCGGAGGGGCUCCCCACGCCCAUCACCCCGGACUUCAUCAACCGGGGGGACUACGAGGUGGACAUAGCCGGCCAGCGCUACCCAGCCAAAGCCAAACUGUACCCCUUCAGCUCCCUCUUCACCCAGCUGAAGCGGCGCAGGGACGACAUGGAGCUCUCAAACUUCCAGGGGAAAUGAGCGAUAGAAAACUUCCCCGAGUACGAGCAUCCGCAACACUCCUUUCAGUUCACCAAAUCCACUCCUGCUCUGACCUCGCAGUGCCAACAUUUCCUCCCUGUCUCAGCUCCUAAUGAGAGGGGCCGUAUGCACACUCACUCCUCGUCCCUCUGAUAUUCAAAUUCAGUGUUGCGUCUCCCUCCUUCAAAGUGCAAUAUUCAAGAGCCACCAAAAGCACGAGCUGUAUCAAAUACAGAGCUCCUGCCUCGCGAAAACCCGCAGUUUAUUUUUCGGCCCCGCUCCGCUUCACACUCUACACAGUCUCGUACCGAGGCAGUCUGUGGUUAAGUGCCUUUGUCAAGGCAAGACCGACACUAGGUGUUGAAGACUCUUUCACUUUGUUCACUUUAACCCAUUCAGAAUGGACUUCGGUUGACAAUCUCCUCCGGCGGUUUUCCGCGUACUAUAAGUUUCCACGCUGCACAGUCUGGACGAGUGUAAAAAGAAAUGUUAGCGCUGAUGUGAAAAGGCUUGCACGCCCCGGUGUAGUUGUUGUCGUUUUACAAACUGUAAAUUUGCUGCUGUAAAGGAUUCGAGGGGCGUGACAUAAAUAGCGUAGUGGCCUAAUUCAGAUACUUUAUACUUUCCACUACGAUUAGUCUCUUUAUAUUAUACAUGACACUGAAGGAAAGUAUCCUUUUCAGAGCAUUAAGGAAGGCAUUAGAUAUUUUAUUUGAAUGAGAAAGCACCACUCCUCCACCACUCCAGUCUUCAGACGUCCCCGAAGCUUAAAGGAAAGUAAAGCCGCUUCCCGUCCCUCAGUACUGUCUUCGUCAUCAGCUGUGAGUUGUCCUUCUGUCCCGUGUUUUCUGUGUGGAUUUCGGGGUAACGUAUUUACAGUGAUAUACCCCGACCGGUUAUUUAUGUUUCGUGGUCGUUUUGAGACAUUGUAGCACUUUGCCGAUGCUCAUCUUUAGCUUUAUUGGCGUUUUUGUUGAACGCGUGGUUCACCGCAGAUGACGGAAAGAAGGAGGGGAGAGGGAAUCUUAUAACUGGAGCUGUAAUCCCAGACUUGUUGUUUAUUUUAGUCCGCGAUGUCUGCCGAUGUGACUUUUAAACCUCUGCAGUUUUGGUGUUUGUGUAAAGGAAGGACGUCACCGCGCUCUGAAUUAAAACGAUGUAUUUUUGUAUAGCUAGUGUGUAUAAAAUCUUUAUUUUCAACACCUCCCUUUUUUCUAUAACAGUUAUAUCAGCCGUAGGGAUUAUUAUUCUUUCCUAAAACUCUGGCAUCGUCCUUCAAAUUGGUUCACCAAUUAUAAAUACAUGUAAAUAUUAUCUAUCAGUAGUGACUGACAUUUUCAUACGUGUGGAUUUAUAAACGUCUCAUAAUCCUCCCGCCGAGGUUAAAGGUUAGGCAGAGCUACAGAGCAAGUAUAUAUCACUGAUAUGCCAAGAGGCAGUUGAAAGUUGGGAUUUCAUCACACUUGACACUGAUGUGGCAGGACACUAUCUGGUGGAUCAUCUUUAAUACUAGACUACAUCAGCCUCCGCUGUUUCUUAAUAUUGUGUCUGCAGUGUACGUUGUUAAACAUUUGCUGAGAAAACUCAAGAUUUAUUUAUUUUCUUUUUCUGCAAAAUCCUCUUGAACUCAGUUAAACGUGUCCCCUAAAAAGCCCCAUAAAAAGCACUUUCAUCUUUGAGAGGCGAACGAUAGUACGUCCGCCGAGUCGAUGAGAUAAGAGCCUCACCGAACGCGUUGUAACGGGAGAGCAUCUCAGCCUCGCGUAAGGUGCCGCGUGAGGACAAGCGCAUAAAAUGUUCAGCGUGCAGAUGGCGUUUAUCAGUAGACCUCUCACCAGCAGGACAAUAAACGUUCACUACCGUGUUGCCCACAGUGGUUAUCACUCCCAAUCUCAAGCUGCGGCAGGUACUCAGACGCUGCAAGUUUAAGGGCUAAAUUUCUUUGUGUCUGUCUUGUUUGUUUAAAAAAAAAAAAAAAGAAGUGUUUAUAUCGAAUGAGGCAUUUGCAUGUGAGAGGAGUCUUUGUGCAGCCUGGAUCCGGUCGGUUUGGGAGCCGUUAACUGUGGCGCAACCUCACCCGAGGCCCCAAAUGUAGAACGGACGCAUCUUAAACAUAUCAUCAGUACUUUACCAAUAAAGCCCGAAUACAUUGUACACUUCCAACUAAGGAUUUGUAUGUUUAGUUUAGAGAGCUAUGUGGGGGCAAAAGAGAAGUGGUCGCCUGUGUUUGCAUGAAACAAAGUCUUCACAGGUCACAGUGGAAUGUCUUAAAAAGGUUUAAGACGUAAACGAACGAUAUAAAAUUGUAGGUCCGUCCAUGCAGCACUCCAGCAAAGAGACACUCCGUAAACUGGAGAGUAGUCUGGUCCAUGCUUGUCCUGUCUCUCACACUAGACUUACCUGUAAGCAGCCUUUUCUUCAGAGCUUUAUCCUGAUGUAUUUACACGAUGUUAAACAGAUGUCUGCUGUCUAAAGUCCUUAAAGUAAAAACAAAAAGAGAACCAAAAA